UGAUCGUGUUGCAUUGUUACAUACAUGCAUCUUGAACCGUAAUGCUUGCAUAUAUUUUAAUUCGGUCGGUUUAUUUUCUGCCGGUGACAGUUUUUUCACAACUGGCAAGUGGCAUCAGUCUGACAACGUAGGAGGAGAAGGCGGUUGUCUACUUAAAAAGCGCGAAAGAAUAGCGCGCGAUAAUUAUUACGCUGUCAUGAAUGUUUCUUAAAAUUAAUAUAUUAACUGUAUUUAUAAAAAAAGUGAUAAUUUAUAUUACGAGUUGAGUUGUUUUUAAUUUAUCGAUGAUGUUAUCAACCAGAUCUCGUCUGUUCCUCAUCGCAGCGGUUUUAACAGUAGUGGAGGCGGAGUUGCCUGGUACAUCCAGCACGAACGAGAUUAACCAAACCCCAAAGAGACGAUCCACAUUUGUCGGGGGUACAUUAUACCCCCAAGCAUCGGAGACGAGAGACCUAAAAAGACUAGACGGUAUAUGGAAAUUCAGAAAAUCACCCACCGAUCCUGAAUACGGUCAACGAAAUGGCUGGUACGAACAGGAUCUUGAAAAGACUGGUCCCGUGAUCGAUAUGCCGGUGCCUUCUUCAUACAAUGACGUGGGAGAGGAUCCUUCGCUGAGGGAUCACGUUGGUCUAGUUUGGUACGAUCGCCGUUUCUACGUCCCUCACUGGUGGAAAACCGCGGGACAACGAGUGUGGCUGAGAUUCAGCAGCGUACAUUACGCGGCUCUAGUUUAUGUCAACGGUCAAGCUGCCACGUAUCACGAGGUGGGACACCUUCCAUUCGAAGUGGAGAUCACUGAUAUGGUCUCAUACAAUACGAGCAAUCUACUCACCGUCGUCGUUGACAACACUUUGCUUAGUGACACCGUACCACAGGGCAAUAUCAAGGACAUAUUUGUGGGAAACUCCAAAAUCCGUCAAGAGCAGACGUACACCUUCGAUUUCUUCAACUACGCCGGCAUUCACCGCUCCGUGUUCCUGUACUCGACGCCACAGACAUACAUAGAUGACGUCAUCGUGAAUACAGACAUACAAGGACUCACAGGCUUCGUUGUUUACAACAUAACAUACAAGGGUACCCCGCGAGCGCAAUGUUUCGUUCAAUUAUACGACAAACUAGGCAACCAAGUGACAGCGGCUAAUGAGUGCGCUGGUCUACUGGAGAUCGGGAACGCUAACUUCUGGUGGCCUUAUCUGAUGCACCCGGAACCAGGUUACCUCUAUACUUUGAAGACCUCAUUAAUAGGCUCGCUCGGUGAAACUAUAGACACUUACAGUCUUAAAGUUGGCAUUAGAACUGUCACGUGGACGAACACCUCAAUCUACCUCAACGAUAAGCCCAUCUACCUCAGAGGGUUCGGGAUGCACGAAGACUCAGACUUGCGUGGUAAAGGUUGGGACCCGGUGUUGUGGGUGAAGAAUUUCAACUUGAUAAAGUGGACCGGCGGUAACGCAUUCCGAACCUCGCACUAUCCUUACGCCGAAGAAAUAUACCAGCUGGCCGACGAGCACGGCAUCAUGAUCAUUGACGAAUGCCCCAGUGUCGAUACCGACAUUUUCACGGAUUCACUGCUGGAGAAACACAAACAGUCCCUCACUGAGCUCAUCAGACGUGAUAAGAACCACGCCAGCGUCAUCAUGUGGUCCAUCGCCAACGAGCCGCGGUCCGCUAACAUCAGAGCCGACGCGUAUUUCCAAAAAGUUGUUAAACAUGUCAAAUCAAUGGAUCUCUCUAGACCGGUCACUAUAGCUAUAGCUCAGAGCCAUAUCGCUGAUAGAUCGGGUCAACAUCUAGAUGUGAUAUCGUUCAACCGCUACAACGGCUGGUACUCUAACACCGGUUCGUUAUUAAACAUCGCCGCUAACGUCGCGGACGAGGCCACGGCCUUCAACAUCAGAUACAACAAACCCAUCAUCAUGAUGGAGUACGGAGCUGACACUAUCGCUGGUCUCCAUUUGUUGCCAGAAUACGUAUGGUCUGAGGAGUACCAAGUAUCGUUGAUGUCGGAACACUUCAAGGCUUUCGAUCGUCUGCGACAGGCGGGCUUCUUCGUGGGAGAGUUCAUAUGGAACUUCGCUGACUUUAAAACAGCUCAGACAAUAACCCGAGUUGGCGGGAACAAGAAAGGUAUAUUCACACGUUCGCGCCAACCGAAAGCGUCCGCUCAUCACCUCCGCGAGCGUUACCUCGCGCUCGCCGCCGCCGACACUAACUCGCCACCACCUGAAUCACCGUACUACGUCAGCGACCAUCUACCAUUUAAACACGAAGAAUUAUAACAUAUACACAAUAUGUAAAAAUGACCACCGACAAAACUGUUUACUUGUUUGAUGUUUCAAUCGAAUUCUUUACCACAGUCUUAUUAUUGUCAUUGUAAUUUACACAGAUUAAAAAUAUUUUGUUCGAUAUCGCGGUGCCAUAGUAUACUUAUCGACUUGAUACCAAAAAGGAUUUAUUUGUCCGAUUUUAUUGUUACUUUAAAAUCAAAUUCCAACCGAUCUAAUUUUGAUAUCGACUAAUCUUGAGUAAAUAGAAUAGACUUAAUGUGUGAAGAGAUAUAAUUUUAAAAAAUAAUUUUAAUUAAUAACGACAUAAUUUAUAACUGUUGUAUUUUUAGACAUAAUGUUACGUUAUAUUAUUAUGUGAAUUUAAUAUAAAUAUAUUUAUGUGAUGUUUAUAAAUCUUUAUAGCUUAUUAAAGUACAAGAAAUACU